UGCUCUAAAGCCAGCUGUUCAGAUCUGUUGUCCCACUUGUCCAUAGCAUCAAACAUGAAGGUAGUGCUACUUUGUCUGCUUUUGGCCCGCCCAGCUACCAUUGCGUUUGGGGCAAUUGCUGCGACCAAGGACGACAUCGAAGUGGAUUGUGGGACGAAGCCUGCAGAUCCCAUUACUGUGACUUACAAGGGAGGCAGUGCGCCUAACGUCGUCAAGAUGUUCUCUCCUAACAACCUCAAGACAUGCGCAGUGACGAAGGAAGAGUCAGUGAACGGAGUUUACACCCUGACUGACGCUAAAUCAAAAUGUGACGUACUCAAGGAUGCCAACAAGGAGGACUAUUACCUUCAAAUCGUCCUUCAAGAAAUAGCUGGCAUUAUUCAAGAUACGGAUCCAGUGUUUAACAUCCAAUGUUCUUAUGGUACAGACAAGGUGACAGCCAGUGGGAGUGUGAGCGCUCCCCAAUCCACCUCAACUCCAACGAGUAUUGUUGUGGAGGCGAAAGGACAGCCAGAUAUGUCAUACACACUUGACGUUCUGAACUCUCGGCAACAGUCGCUAAGUGAUGUCAGAUUGGGCGACCAGAUCAUUCUGCAAGUGUCCAUGAGCGGUACUGAUGCUGAUGAAGUAAGUCUACAGGUGGAGUCUUGCGUUGCCAUUAGCGGGGACGUGAAUGUUACAUUCGUAGAGAACUUGUGCGUGGUGUCAGGUUUGCAAAGCUUGUCUACCCUGCCUGGAUUCAUGACAUCUGGCCUUAGAACCUUCUUACCUUUUAAGGUGUUUUCCGUGGAAGGGUCUACGGAUGGCAACAUACGCUUCGAAUGUGUAGUGAAUGUGUGCAGCGAGUCCUGUAACGGGCAAAACUGCCAGACAGCUGGUAAGAGACGGCGACGUGCAGCUGGUGAUGACGUCAUGCCCCAGGAAGAGGAGAAAUCUCUAACUUUAGCCAGGUCCCUCCAGGUCAAAACGAUUGCAUUGGUCCUCCCAACCGGUGACAACCAAUCUUCAUUGAACACGGGGGAGUGUUUUCAGAGUAUUGGCUUCAUCGUAACAGUGACUGUCUUGGCUGUCCUGCUGCUUCUGGCCAUGGUCACUCUCGUUUUUAUGUUCACCACCAGACGGCGCAGUUUGGAGAAACAGACGCCUUGAGAGCGAAGCACGUUUAUAACUUCAACUAAAUUUUUUUUUAUAUUUUUGUGUGUGUCACUUUCGUGAUCCCUGGAAAUAAAUAACUACUGAGAAUAAACAGAAAUGCAAUGACAACGCAGCAAA